AUGUUGAUGUCUGAAUAUGCUGAGAAGUUUGAAGACAUGGCUGCCUAUUCCACACAAGCAGCUUAUGCACCAGAUGAGUUGUGGAAGAUUGAUCAGUUCCUCAUGGGGCUGAAUGCUGAUAUUGUGCACAGUGUGUCUCAAAGGGAGUUUACCACCUAUGCUGAGUGUUUAAGGCAAUGCUAUGUUGUCGAGAACACAUUGAAGAGGGUCCAAGAGGAAAGAGAGCAGAACAGGCCAGUUCGUAGGGAUCACGGAAGGUCGGGGCAGCAUUUGAAACCCCGUACUCCUCCAGCGGCGAAGAAACAGACCCAUGGUGGUAGCUUAACUCAACCUCCUUGGUGUGGCAAGUGCAACAAGAAGCAUCAUGGGAAUUGUAGACCGGAUUUUGGAAAUUGUUACAGAUUCGUGAUUGAUCUCAUUUGUCUACCUCUUAAGAAGAUCGAUGUAGUACUUGGUAUGGAUUGGUUGUCAGCUAACUCGGUGUACAUCGGUUGUAAAGAGAAGGCUAUCUUCAUUCCUACUGAGGAGACUACACCAACCGAUGCCAUUGAACAUCUUCUUGAAGGUACGGUUAACAUGAUCAAUUACCUUUUUGCUCAAGAGAAGUCUUUCCUUUUGGUUCUUACGUCGGACUCCAAGGACAAGAGGAGUAUUUUGGAGAUUCCGAUUGUGUGUGAAUUUUCCGAUGUAUUCCCGGAGGAUGUUACUUCUCUUCCGCCGGAAAGGGAAGUUGAAUUCUCUAUUGAUCUUGUACCGGGUACCGCUCUAGUUUCGAUCGCCCCUUAUAGGAUGUCUCCUGCAGAGCUUAGAGAGUUGAAGAACGACAUAUUGAUAUACUCACGGACUAUCGAAGAGCACAUGGAGCAUUUGGGGAUUGUGUUGUUGGUUCUCAGAGAAAAGCAGUUGUUUGCAAAGUUUAGCAAGUGUGAGUUCUGGAUGUCUGAAGUCAAGUUUCUUGGACAUGUCAUAUCUGGCGGCGGCGUAGCUGUAGACCCUUCAAAGGUAGAAGCAGUAAUAAAUUGGGAACGACCCAAGAAUGCAACUGAGGUCCGUAGUUUCCUAGGCUUGGUAGGUUACUAUUGGAGGUUCAUCAUGGGAUUUUCCAAGCUAGCAUUACCUUUGACUAGACUUACAAUGAAGGAAGUUUCAUUCGAAUGGAAUUCAGAAUGUGAGAAGAGUUUUCAGAAACUCAAGGAGAAACAGACUACUGCUCCAGUGUUGGUGAUCUCAGAUCCAAACCGAUCUUACGAAGAACUUAACAUGCGUCAAAGGAGAUGGAUGGAGUACUUGAAGGACUUUGACUUUGAUUUGAAGUACCAUCCCGGUAAAGCUAAUAAGGUAGCGGAUGCCUUGAGUAGAAAAGAGAUAAAAGUUGCAGAGCUGAUGAUGUUGGAGUUUGGCCUUAUGGAGAAGUUCAGAAAUUUGAACUUACAAUUUGAGUGGGCACCAACGGGUGUGUUGAUGAGUAACUUGCGUAUUAAGAAUGAGUUGCGGGAAAGGAUCCGUCAAGCACAGUGGAAUGAUGUAGAAUUGCAGGCUAAAGCAAACCUUCCAGAUUUUGUUCGUACAUCUGAUGGACUCAUUCUUUUUGGACGCAGGAUGUGUGUGCCAAAUGACGCGGAGUUAAGGAGUAUAUCCAUGGACUUCAUCGUGGGACUACCACGGGUAUUUGGUGGCCAUGACUCGAUAUGGGUGAUAGUGGAUCGUUUGACUAAGUCCGCGCAUUUCUUACCGGUUAAGACAACUCACAAGGUUUCUCACCUUGCGAGGCUUUUUGUAUUGGAGAUUGUGAGAUUGCACGGUGUACCUUCUAGCAUUGUGUCGGAUAGAGAUCCGAAGUUCACUUCCCGAUUUUGGACAACUUUUCAUCAAGAGAUGGGUACAGAAUUGAAUUUGAGCACUUCUAACCACCCUCAGACAGAUGGGCAAACAGAAAGGACUAUUCAGACCAUUGAGGAUAUGCUGAGGGCAUGUAUCUUGGAAAUUGGUGGAAGUUGGAAAGAUAACUUACCUUUGAUAGAAUUCGCGUAUAACAACAGUUAUCAGGCGAGUAUCGGUAUGGCACCGUAUGAAGCCUUGUACGGACGGAAAUGUCGAUCACCUUUAUGUUGGUCUGAAGUUGGUGAGAAGGGACUUCUUGGACCGGAGAUAAUUCAAGAAACCACAAAAAAGGUUAAGAUGAUCCGAGAUAAGAUGAAACAAGCUCAAGAUCGACAGAAGAGUUAUGCGGAAAAACGAAGGAGACCGUUGGAAUUUGAUGUAGGAGAUCAUGUGUUCUUGAAGGUGACUCCGAGGUUGAGGUUUAAAGGACCAUUUAAGACGCGCAAGCUUAGCCCGAGAUACUUGCGGAAGUUUGUGCCAGAUUCGUUUCAUCCUGUAUUACCAGAUACGAUUGAAGUAGAGCCAGAUCUUUCCUUCCAACCGAAUCUGUGUCGUAUUUUGGAGUAUGCUAGUAAGUCGUUGAGAAGCAAGGAGAUACCUAUUGUGAAGGUGUUGUGGGAAGAGUCGCGUCCUGACGAAGCUACUUGGGAGCUAGAAUCGGAGAUGCGGGAGUUGUAUCCUCACCUAUUCUGGUAA